AUGCCAGAAAAACUACUUUGCCAACCAGAACCGUUCACAGAUGCCGAAUUAGCCAAGGCUAGCGACUUACGGUAAGUGUUGUUGAUUUGCAUAAAUAAUAUCAAAUUGAGAUUCCCAAAACUAUGCUUUUUUUCCCGCAAAAUGUCAUAAGUUAUACAUCCUAAACCUUAUUAUUAUGUUAUAAGGUAUCUUUUCCAACACCAAAAACCUUUUUAAAAGUGAAAGUUUUUGUUUUGUGAUACGAUCUUCUCGUGGAAACCCAACCUCACGUGUUCUUUGUUUCAGACAGCGACUUCAAGAAGUAUUGCCAAAAGAAUUCGACUCCGACUUCUCCAUCGGACGAUGGCUGAGGGCCUACAAAGAUGAUGAACAAGGUCUGAUCACUAGACUGAAAGAGCUGCUAGAACAUCGCAGAACGUUGGGAUACAAUGAAGAAAACAUCCUCGACUUCUGUGAAACAUUUCCUGUGGCCAAAAAGACCUUUGAGGUACGAGAACUACCGUGACUGUUACAGUAGUGUUUUGAAAGCAGUGGUGAUAAAAUUGGAAAUAUUUGAUAAACAAGUUUCAAAACUUUCUUAAAUCAAACAUAAGGCAAAUUUAAUUUCUAAAAUACAGUAACCUUCCGUUUAGAGGUUCGCCAUCUCCCAACUGAAGAUGGACGUCUUCAGCGGCGACGUCGGCGUCUUCUGUCAGAAGAUGGAGAACGUGGACAUCAAAGAGGUAAGUCCUCCUUCUAUAAACUCUUGCACAAUUCUAUAGGUUAUGAGGGUCAUGCCUUUGAGUAACGUACUCCAUUCGUACUUCUUACUGCACGAGUGUUUCCACCGUGUUAUGCACCAGAGAGAACGAGAGACUGGCAGACAACAUGCCGUAGUUGUAGUACUCGAUCUGUCAGGUAUCAACUUGGCUGAUUUCAUCAACCCCCUCUCUACGUCGAGUAAGCUGGCUCGACUGGUCGUCAAGAUUUGGUCGGAUUACUUUAGUGAAAACGUAAGCCAAUGAGUUAAAAGUACUGUAUUUUACUGUAGUUUUGAAAUUGUUAAGCGAGUAAUACUACUGAUUACUACAUUUAGAUAAAGUAAUACUAAUUUCUUUUACAAUUCUGUAAACUCACAAGCAACAUUCUUUAUGAAUUUUAGAUGAUCCGCCUGUUUCUCCUACACCCACCCGCCCUGCUCUCCUUAAUGUGGCAGGUAGCCAAGCAUAUUGUGGAUGAAAAGACCAGGUCUCGUCUAGUGUUCAUCCAGAAGUUGGACGAUAUCUUCCUUCAUCUAAGUCGCGACAGUAUCCCAGAAGACUGGCAGGGUACCAGAAGAGAUGACUCUGGCUACGCUGUGAAGCCGAGUUCGUGCUGUAGAGCACCGAAACCCAUCGAAGAGACGGACUUCUUCAAUGCUGACAAGUACUGGAAUGAGUACGGCUUCCAGAAGCCUCCAGUGUCCAAGUCCAUCACCUUGAAGUCGAAGGCAUGUCACGAAGUGACAAAAGAAGUCAGAUCAGGUCAGCUCCUGAUCUGGUUGUUCACUAUUAGUUGUGACGCCGCUUUCGAGAUCGUGUACGUAGAUGGAGGUAACGAGACUACUGUGUGGCCAAAGGUGACGCUAACCUCGUUGAAAAUACCAGAAAUCGGUAAUGUGACUUGCGACAAAAGCGGCACUUACAAGUUCAAGUUCCAAAAUGUAUCAGGCUCAUGGUUGUCGUCUAAGUUACAGUAUACCAUACAAACAAAGUAA